AUGUUCUCCAGAAUACCUAGACUUUGCUUGAAUGCUAGUCGUCCAUUCUCAAGCAGUACUUUGUUAUUAUCAAACAUUGGUAAACAGCCAAUCAGUAUAUCUGAAGCCGUCCAAUGCUACACGGAGCAAAUACCUUUCGAAUUCUGCAAAUCAUUCACCAAGGGUAAAACCACCGUGUCUUUGAAUAAGCAAAUUGUUGUUAAGGGCCCUAAGGGGGUGUUGAAGACCGCAGUUCCAGAGUUUGUCAACGUGAAAAAUGAAAAUAACCUCAUCACCGUCAGUGUUGAAAACCCAGAAGAUAAGAUCCAGAGAACCAUAUGGGGUACAUCGAGGGCAUUAGUACAAAAUAAUAUUAUUGGAACCACCGAAGGACACUUGGCUAUUGUCAAAUUUGUAGGUACCGGUUACAGAGCCACCAUUGAAACAGCCGAAGAUGGAUCCAAGGUGAUUGCCCUCAAGAUUGGUUACCCAUAUACGCCAAAAUUGAAGGUUCCAGAAGCAUUGACCGUAUCGUCUCCUAAUCCUGCCAGACUCUUGAUCGAAGGUACUGACAAGCAACAGGUCAAGUUAUUUGCAGCAAGAAUCAGAGAACACAAGAAGCCUGAACCAUACAAGGGUAAGGGUAUUUUCGUUGAUGGUGAAACCAUCAAGUUAAAGGAGAAGAAGAUUAAAUGA